AAAAACAUGGCUGCCGUUGACUAUGACAGCUAGCCUACAGCUGGCAGUGGGAUUUUCAGCAGACGAUCAUCAAUCUUUACUCGUGAUACUGGACGAGGAUACUUUGUAAGAAAUGAACAGAUGAACACGGCCCAGCAAGUUGUGAUAUGGCAUAAACAGUUGGCAGGAUAAAUUGACAAGAUCGGCAUGAAAUAUUGGAGAGUGACGUGUAUGUGUUUGCUGUAGUGGACGUACAUAUAUCCUAUCUUUGUGAGUUUGUGAGAUGUACCAGUGAGCAGAAUGUCGGGUGAGAACCCAGGGGGGCGGAAUCCAGCACCGGAGAAUUCACCAGUGGUGGUGAGGAAAAAACUCUCGACCGCAGAGGAAAAACGAAAACAUUUCCGACAUAGUGACAGCGACAGUGAAUCGGAUAAUAGUGACGAUGAAAUAUCACUGGCCAACUCCCAAAUGGAAACAAGUUCCAAAAAGGAUCUGGAAAAAACGCAGUCGUCCAACAAGUCGACACCUGCCAAAGGUCGCAAACGACGUAAACAACGACACGAUUGGGAGAUCGUGGAGGGUUUACGGGAUGGUCACAGGUGCGAAGAAAAACCGGAAAAGUACCAGGGCUUCAUGUUAAAACGGCGGCGGUGGCCGAUGAAGGGCUGGCACAAGCGGUUUUUCAACCUCGACAAAGGAUUCCUCCUGUAUUCCAAGUCCCCCUUGGAUAGUUGGGAAUUAGCCAGAAGUGUUUCUGCGAUGCAGAAGUGUAAGUACCAUGGAGUGAUAGAUGUCGGCCUUUCUGUAGUGGCGUUUAAAAAACACCAACACCGGAUAUAUAUAGAUGCUGAGGAUAUAGUUUACCAUAUAAAGGUCAAAGACAACCGUUUAUUCGAUGAAUGGCUGAACAGAUUACGACACCAUAGGUUAUACCGCCAACAUGAGUUAGCUUAUGGCACCAAGGACUCCCCCAGGCUUACUGAAAUUACCUCCCCUACAGAGGAGUUACCUCCCCUUACUGCAUCUCUGAAUUUUCCAGGGAAAGCUCGGGAACAAAAACUAAGUUCUGAGGUUAUCCGCCAGUCCAGUUUCAAAGGUCGUGAAUCCUCACAGAGUCGAGUGGCUACGUGGCUCCUAGAUACAGCAGGCUUUGAGCACUGUAAUAAAGAACUACAUGAUACCAGAAAACUCCUGAAUGAUUUGAGGGAGGACCUGGAACAGAUUAGAAACUUACCCUUGUCCAUGGAUUCCAAUACAGUCAUGGAGGUGGCUGAAUUAGAAUCGCCAGACGCUAGAAAAAAGCUGAAGGGUUUAGCCCUCCGGUCAAGUAAGAAAAAGGAUAAGAAGAUAGAAGCUUGUAAUAAUCACCAUGACAACGAGAGUGGAAAUCAUCUGCAGAUCAAUUCUGACAAUAUUAGGACUAGUUCUUCUAAUCCAAACCUUUUGCAAUACGAAACAGAAAAGUUACGGCCCCGCAGUGUUCCCGACUACCAAACGGUGUCAAAUCACGAACAACGCAUCAAAGAGCUCAAGCUAAGAGAAGAUUUUGUUAUUAAGUCUGAUACUGUAUAUUCCUCCCUGAUGUCUCUGUUCCAUAUGAUGGGGACAGAAAGAGACCGACUUAAGAGUGCAAUAGACCUUGACAAUGGCAUGAUGACGGCUGGCUCGGCCAAUACACUGCUCCUCAGACAAAAUCUCACUGAGGCUCAUCGUACAAUAGCUGAGAUGAAGGCUCGUCUGAUGAGAAUCAAUUUUGAGUCCUCGUUAGAAGAGACAAAAACAACAACAACACCAGCUUCUCCACUCCUGUCACCACUGGAACGGGAGCCCCGAAGUCAUGGUUUGUCACAGUCCCUGUCCGCGGAGAGCUGUUCCAUGUCGGAGUAUUACGAUGCUGAGGAAUAUAAAGAGAGCGGAAGUGAAUCGUCCUCAGAGCCCUCCGAUGAUGAGGAAAUCUCUAGUGAAAUAUCAGAAGAAAAUGACACGGAUUACAAUGCUGCAAUCAGUGUGUCGGAGGAUCAAUUAUCAGAGACAUUCCAGACCGGCCACAGGUCCAAACUACCCGUCCCUAAACCCGACUCAGGAGAUGUGAGUCUGUGGAACCUACUGUACAAAAACUUGGGAAAGGAUCUCACUAAGAUCUCCAUGCCUGUCACCCUUAACGAGCCUUUAAGUAUGCUACAGAGACUUUGUGAAGAGUUAGAAUACUCAGAACUUGUGGACAAGGCGGUAGAAAUUGAUGAUCCAUAUGAGCGCAUGCUGUACAUAGCAGCUUUUACAAUGAGCAGCUAUGCUAGUUCCGGGUAUCGGGCGGGACACAAGCCAUUUAACCCACUCCUCGGGGAAACAUACGAAUGUAUCCGCGAAGACAAAGGCUGGAAGUUUAUGGCAGAACAGGUGAGCCAUCAUCCUCCAAUAUCAGCAUGUUACUGUGAAUCGAAGAACUUCACUUUCUGGCAAGAUGUCAGAAUAAAAACAAAGUUUUGGGGAAAGUCUAUGGAGAUCCAGCCUCUCGGGAUCGUUAACCUCUUCCUGCCAAAAUUCAAAGACCAUUAUAAAUGGAACAAAGUUACUACCUGCGUUCACAACCUUCUGGGCGGCCAGCGUUGGGUGGACCAGUAUGGGGAGAUGCAGAUACGUAAUGGAGAUAUUGUCUGUAAACUGACCUUCACAAAGGCUAAUCACUGGUCGGGGAAACGCCAUGAGGUUUACGGACAGAUCCUAAACCCAGAAGGGAAAGUCAUCCACAACUUAUUUGGCAAGUGGAACGAAGCCCUGUACUGUGGACAUGCCCCCUCUACCAGGUGUAUAUGGCGGCCAGGUGCGAUGCCAGAAGACUUUGAGCUGUAUUAUGGCUUCACUCGGUUCGCUAUUGAACUGAACGAGCCAGAGUCUGAAUUGGAGAAGGUGCUGCCACCUACUGACUCACGUUUCCGCCCUGAUCAACGGUUAUUAGAGGAAGGCCGCAUUGCAGACGCAGAGAAAGAAAAAUCAAGAGUAGAACAAAUGCAACGAGAAAAAAGGAAAAAGCAAAAUGCAUCUAAAACAGAAACUCUACCAAAAUGGUUCAGAAAGUACACUGUAUCUGGGAAGGACUACUACGAGUACGCAGGGAGGUAUUGGGACACAAGGAAAGAUUCGGGUUUCUCUAAAAUAUCAUUUCCACAACUGUGGUAACACCUGUCAGAACACAGCUUCCUGUUGUCUCCAGGGACCUACAAUGCUGCAAUUACUUAUUUAGUACAGAAGCGAACGAAAAAUUGGAAUAUUUGAAAAUAAUUAUCAAGUUUUGAUUUUGAUUUUCUUCCAGUUAUUAUGAAUAUUGAACAACUUGAUAUUUUAUUUGAGAUUUUUCAGGAGUUGUUAUCAUUUGUUUUAGAAUUUUAGAACAUUACACAUUCUUCCAUGGACAGAAGGGUUUUAAAGUUAUAUGUUUUAAAUGAAAUAUUUUACUAUUUUAUGAUAAUUCUUAGUUGUUGAUAUUGAUGUCAGAAAUGUUUUACUAAAGUGGGAGGCUCAAGUCACCUGCUUCCUAUGUGCCUGUCAAACAUAAACAUGAACCAGUUCAUUUUGCCUUACAAUUCCAAGCUUCAGAAUGAUUAAGAAAACAAAAUGGAGGUAAAUAAUGAUAGUAUAUCCUGAAGAAUCUGUUUUAAUUACACUGACCUGUAACAUGUACGUUCAUUAUGUGGUAAACGGAAUGAAAAAUGAAUUCUUCUAUGAGUAUACACUGUAGUUUUCAAUGUAUCAAAUAUUUUACAGGUGUAUAAUUAAAUUUCUGAUAUUAAAUGUUGUUGGUUUUGGAAGUGCCAAGUACAUCUACCAGGGGGACAAAGAAUUAGAA